AUGAAACAUCACCCCCGAGAAGAAGACUGCGACGUGUCAACAAAGAAAUGGGGUUCCUUAGCCACCGAUGUACGAGAUAGCGAGGAAUGCAUCCUCGGUUGCCGCCAGAGGUUCGUCUCGGGUGUACUUGCGGAGUCGGGGAAGCCGUCGACUGCUAGUCUGGCAGUAGAGACGACCGAUGAGUUGUGCGAGGUGCUCGCCUCUUCAGCCGAUCACAGUGGCGCUGAGAGGAUCUCUGCCUUUUAUCGGCUGUAUUGUUCUAAUGUCGACAGGAUCAUAAACGAGUGUCAUAGCAAAGGAUAUACGGAUCUCCGGGACCCGGGUCUUCCAAAUACCGACUUCGAAUGCCCAGAUUCCUCCGUCUACCAACCGGGCGAGAAGAAAGCCUGCUCCGCCAGCCUCAGAGCAGCAGGUCUCGAGGACUCUUCGGCACCCAGCCCAGCCUCAGCCCCUCCGUCAACCCAACCGGCUUCGUCUCUACACCCAUCUCUCACACCGUCUGCAACUGGCGCCACAUUUCCAGAAGAAAACCUCACCGCCAGCGCUGACGGCGCAAGCCCAUCCUCUUUAGGAACCAAAUCCGGAAUGGGCCCCGGCGUAAAAGCGGCCGUGGCUGUCGCAUCCAUCGCUGCCUUCCUCGCAGUUCUCAGCUUCUUCGUCUGUUUGUGGCGCCGUCGUAAACGCCCUCUUCCAUCCGCCCCAAACGAGUACAGAUGCAGCUUCCGUUCCAGGAUCAAGCACGGAGGUGAGAGUAUAACAACCGCUCCGUCAUCCUUUACCGCCUCUCCGACCAGCUUCAUCUCUCCUCCGCCGCCACCAAAAUCCUCCUCUUCCACAACACUUGGAAACGGUGGGCCUUUAUCAUCUCCGUUACGUCUCAAGGACAGGAAACUCCUCCCUACGUUCGUAAAUGAUGCCGCUCGCAAACCACCGCACGGUAACCGCCAUAGAUUGGCUCGUUCCCCGAGCGAUUCCUUUCCCACGUCGCCUCUUUGUGCGCCAACGACGAGUAAGCUCGAACCAAGACUUGAACGCGGUCUCUACUCGGGUUCCAAGCCGACUCCUUUCCACAACCACGGGACCCAGGGAGGAAUACCAAUAAGCAGGAGCGCGAGCACUACUGGCUCCGUAUCCGGCACCACUACUACCACAGCUUCAUCUUCCUCCACGCCUGUUGUCGUCGGCGGAGCAAUACCGCCUCCUCCCUCAUCACCUACACGUCCGCCUAGACCACACGACACACCAUUGGAAAUCCCGGGCCUCGUCACUCCCGCCACAAGUCCCCGCGCUUUACAGAGCCCGGCAGUUCCCCCGCCAGCCUUGCCGCGGGAUAUAGGCGUCGCGGUAAGCAGUAGAGACAAAGGGCCAUCCGGCCAAACGAUCUCCGCGGAGUCGAGUAGCUUAUACGACCUGACGGAGCAGUGUGCGCGAGAAGAGAGGGAAAGCUGGGGUAUGUUCCGCACCGCGGGCGGAGGUGCGCCGGGUGUUUCGGUUUCGGCUUCGGGGAAAGAGGGUGGCUUGGCGAGUCCGGUGUUGGGCGAAGGUGAGCUGGAAAGGAUGGGCGGCAAGUAUAAUUGA